CUCCCUAAACAUGUCUUGAAUGAAAAUAAAUGCUCCAUGUAAUCUGUCUGGCUUCAAAUAGCAUUGAUGGAACCGUCACCUCUUCCAACUUCCUCUCGUUUUGGAGAUGCCAACGCCGACUCAGCCGAUGUAGCAGAUGUCUCCCUGCCUCCACUGUUGGAAGUACCUUUCGAGGCUUUCAACACUCCUGAAAUAAACAACAUCGCAUGUAUUUCCGGUGUGCAAGCAAGAAACGAAAGAAGGCAGCGAAUAAUAGAGGCAAUACUACAAAAUUUCAAAAACGGCAAACUUCAGCACGGGUCACUGAAAACAGUGGCUAAUGAAUUCAACAUAUCUCCUCUUUGGGUCAGAGAGCUAUGGAAAGCUGCAAAAUCUCAAAUGGCUAGGGGCGAGGCAGUGAAUGUGGAUUGCAGGUGGGAAGGUAACUCGGGGCAAAAAGGUUUCAAUUUGGACAUUUCAAUGCUGAUUGACAUUCCAUUUCACCAGCGGAAAACGCUACGUGCCCUAAGCCACUGCCUUAAUGUGUCAACUAGUACAGCAUAUAGGUUGGUGAAGAAAAAAAUCAGAAGACACUCCAAUGCUAUUAAACCUCAUCUAUGUGAUGAAGGUAAGUUAAAAAGGGUGAGGUAUUGUUUGUCAUUACUUUCUCCUACAUCCCUACCAAAUAACCCAACAUUUCAUCAUUGUUAUGAUUAUAUACAUAUUGAUGAGAAGUGGUUUGAGUUGAGAAAGCCUAAAAAGACCUUCUACACCUUACCUAAUGAGGCAGACCCCUACCGAACCAUACAGUCCAAAACACAUAUUCCCAAAAUUAUGUUUUUGGCUGCUGUAGGUCAUCCUAGGUUUGGGGAUGAUGGUCAGGUACUGUGGGAUGGGAAAAUAGGCAUAUUCCCCUUCACAUUUCAAGAAGCUGCAAAAAGAACAAGCAAAAAUAGGCCUGGUACAAUGGAAACAAAGCCCAUUCCAAAAAUAGCAAGAGAUGUCAUGAGAGAAAUGCUGGUACAGCAACUACUGCCAGCAAUAAGGGAAAAAUGGCCACAGCGUUCUAAGUAUGUUGUCAUACAACAAGAUAAUGCCAAACCACAUGUUGAUAUUAAUGACCCAGUUUUUGUGGCUGUUGCACAAGAGAGUGAUUGGGAUAUUAGGUUGCAAUUUCAACCCCCCAAUACCCCAGAUUUAAAUGUUCUUGACCUUGGCUUCUUUAGGGAAAUAGAUGCUAUACAAAACAAGAGUGCACACAGGUCAUUGGGGGAUCUCAUAACUGCUGUCACCUUGGCUUUUGAACAACUCACACCACAGGUUUUAAACAAUGUGUUCUUAACCUAAGAAGGAGUCAUGGGUGAGGUGUUGAGGCAUAAAGGAGGAAAUAAUUU